AUGACGCCCGUAGACUCGACGACGUCGCCCCCGUCUCUGAGCCCGUACCAUUUGAGCCCCAACGACGGCAACUCCGCGCCGCCCUGCCCGCGCAGCCGGAGCUGCUCCCUGGCCAGCAUCGGCCACGUGAGCCUCAGCGGCGUCGUGGUCAACAGCCACGGCGCCAGCAGGCAACGCCGGUUCUCCGUCAGGGUCAUCGAGGCCAGCCUGUGCGUGUUCCUCAGCCUGUGCGUGUCCCUGGUGGGACUCUUCCUCGGGCUGCUCUACGAGCCGCUGCUCCUCGUGGUGUUCGCGUGUGGACUCGUUGCGCUCGUGGCUUACCUCUGCUACGCGCUUGUGCUCUACAAGAGAUCUUGGCGAAGACGGAGUUCGGGAAGCAUGCCGCCAUUCUGGGCCGGCCAGCGCAAGAUCUCGGUGGUGUCCGUGGACAAGAUGCCCACCAUCAACGAGGCGACCAUCGAAGACGACGUGUCCCUCUCCAGGAGCACCGAGGAAACCUGGAGCGGCAAGACCUACGUCGUCCAGCAAAAUUUGUCCUCGUAG